AUGGAUUCGUCUCCUCCAUCACCCACAAUAGAAGGUCGAAUAACUAUUGAAAGUGUUCGACAUUGGAAAUUGGACCAAGUAUCAAAUUGGUUACAAGAAAAUAAUUUUCGUGAAUAUCAAAGAUUAUUUACAGAAAAUGAUAUCACAGGUGAUGUACUAUUGGAAAUAGAUCAUGAAGUUCUUAAAGAACUUAAAAUAAGAUCAAUAGGUGACAGAAUAAGACUUUUGGUGGCGGAACAAAGUUCACCUGAAAAUGAUCGAUUUCCUAUACCAUCACUUUCAAGAUCAAAUUCAAAUCCUAGGCUUGCUGUCAAGGCCAUUAACGCAGAAGCCACAAAAAUGUCACUCGAGAGUGUUAAACAGCGUUGUAUAAAAGUUAUUGGAGAAGAUCAUCAAACCAAAACAAUUCCAAUUCAUGAUGUUAAUGAUGCCAAAUCCAUUUUGGCAAGGAUAUUACAAAAAUUCAAUAUUAAUGAUGAAGUUGAAAGAUAUUGUUUAUUUACAACUUUAAGUGAUACUGGUGCCGCAAGAAGUUUAACUGAUGAAGAAUUGGAGAUGAUUUGUAAAAGUGCAGACAGACCAGAACGUGAGAAACUCAUAUUGAGAAAAAAGCAUCAACCAAUAAGUAGAGAACAAUUUAAACAACAAUUGCGCGAUAAAAAACUGACAAAUUUCUUCGGCGAAAAACCACCAAGUACACAAAUUGGAACAGUACAGAAAUUAAGAAAUUUUUUUGGUCAAAGGCCACCUUCAGAAUUGAUUUCUUUAAAUUUGACCGAAUAUUUUCCUGGUCAUGACAGUGAAGAAUUAAAGCGUAGUGCUAGAAAUUCUAUAAGACGAGCUUCAAGAAUUUCAGCUGCUUCAAGAGUCUCGAGAAAAUCCAAAGCAAUUUCAAGAUCAUUUGACGAUAGAUCAAAUACUUUGACAAUACCCAACUCUAUAUUUUCAGAUGAUUCAAUUAUUAUUGAAGAAGCAUUAGAUGAUUUUGCAGCACCAAAAUGGAUUAAAGGAUCUUUAAUUGGUAUGGGAUCUUUUGGUAGUGUAUAUCUUGGACUUAACGCUGUUACAGGAGAAUUAAUGGCUGUUAAACAAGUUGAAUUACCAACUGGUCAAUCUGCAAAUGAAGAAAGAAAGCAAGCUAUGUUAGAUGCAUUGCAAAGAGAAAUCGCACUCCUAAAAGAUUUACAUCAUGAGAAUAUAGUUCAAUAUCUCGGAUCACAACAUGAUAAAAUGACUUUGAAUAUUUUCUUGGAAUAUGUACCAGGAGGAUCAGUUACUACAAUGAUUAACAAUUAUGGUCCAUUGAAAGAAAAAUUAAUUAAAUCAUUCGUUAAACAAAUUUUACAGGGUUUAAAUUAUCUUCAUGAAAAAGACAUAAUUCAUAGAGAUAUAAAAGGUGCUAAUGUUUUAGUUGAUAGUAGAGGAAAGAUAAAAAUAUCGGAUUUUGGUAUUUCUAAAAAAGUUGAAGAUCAAUUUAUGGAAGCAACAUCAGCUCAUAGACCAUCAUUGCAAGGUUCAGUAUUUUGGAUGGCGCCAGAAGUAGUAAAACAAACAGCUUAUACAAGUAAAGUUGAUAUAUGGAGUUUAGGAUGCUUGAUUGUAGAAAUGUUUACCGGGGAUCAUCCAUUUCCUGAAUUUAAUCAAAUGCAAGCAAUGUUUAAGAUUGGUUCAGAAUCAUGUGCUCCUGAAAUUCCUCCUGAUUUGUCUAAUGAUGCGGUAGAUUUUUUGAAAAAGACUUUUGAAUUGUAA